GAGGGAAAGGUUGACGGCUACCUUCCGGAAAAAGGUCUUAGCGUCUGUUAGUUAUUUGCUUUUGACGAAAUUACCCUUCUAGUUUUUUAAGUGGCCAAAAAAAAAAUUUUCGAUGAAUUAAGAAAUCCUUCAAAAGAAACAAAAGCUUCUCAGUCAAGAGUCAUGGGAAUUGAAGAGCCCAAAGAUCCAUUGAAAGGGGUUGACUGGAAAGCCAUAGGCAGUGAAUUGCAGAAGGAUCCUAGUGCUGGUGCUAAACAAAUUAUAAAGAAGAGGCUUCCAAAAAAGAUCAGGCAAAUUCCAGAUUAUUAUUUCCUUCCUCGAAGAUCUCUACCCUCUGCAAUUGCAUUCUAUGGGGCAUGUAUUGCUGGUGGAAUUGGUGCUGGCAUGCUUCUAGAGAUCUGGAUAAACAAGAAAGUUAAAGAGGAUGGAGGCGUCAUAUGGGAGUUUGACAAACAGGGCCCGGAAAAGUAGAUGGCAUUGCAAUUCCACAGGGAGUUACAAUUUUAGCUGCCUUUUUUUUUUCUGCUGAUGUUUCUUCUUUUGGAAAGUUGUGAGACACAAGACUGCUAGAAAACUAAAUUAUUGCAUUUAUGGGUUUUGAAUUUUGAAAUCUUCGCUAACUGACAAUAAUUUUGGUCAGCUAAGUAGUUAAUUAGUUAGUUCAAACUGUCGUCGGCCCAGAUUUUUAGGUCCCAAAAUUGCAGGUACAGCAAUUACGAUUCCGCCCCCAAGAUUUAAAAAAAAGAGUCCAGUCCAGUAGGCAGGCUAAGCAGGCAAGAGUCCUGCUUCAGGCCCAAAUGCAAUGACAUUGGAAUUGCCACAGUACUUUGAUGCCACCAUAAUUUUAUGUAAUGCUUUUGAAACUCUAA